AUGGAUGACGACGAUAAUAUAGAUGAUAUUCCUGGCUCGCCUUCUAAAUUCGAUGAGCAAUUCGGUGAAGUAGUGGAUGAAGAGAGAGAUAAAAUCCAAAGGUUGAAUAUGAGACAUCCUCAUUCAUCAACUGCUGUCAGAGAUUAUUUGAAUAAGACUGUAGUUUCAAACUUAAUUGCUGGAAUGAAAAAAUUGGUUAUAGAAAAACCACAAAAUCCUUGUGAAUUUCUAGGUAGAUAUUUGAUUGAACAUUGUGAUCAUAAUCACGUCAAAGAGGAAAAUUUUAAAUAUGAAAAAAAAAAUAUUAUCACACAAGAGAAUAAUAACAAUUUAUCACCACAUAAUGAACAUCAAAAAUCUCAAAGUGAAAGUGAUUCAAGCAUGAUGGACAUCGUGGAUGGAAGUGCUGAUAGCAGUGUCAGCGGUGGUGGCAAUAGUAAUAAAGAUAUAGAUAUUGACAUUAUGAAUUUAAAUUUUCUUACAAAUUAA